CAUCGAUACAUCGAUUACAGCUGUUUCCAUUCCUAUUCAUGUGAGAAUUUAAAUUGCGCUAUUAUUAUAUUUUGAUUAUUAUACCAUAAUGAAUGAAUCGGUUAAUGAAGAUAUUGGUGGAUAUGAUAAUGAACUUUUAGCUUUGGAUGCACUUUUGGCAGGCGUUGAAAAUGAAGGAUUAAAAACGAAGGGACUUGAGAAGGAUGUGGUAAAUAAUAUCCACUCGAACGAUACGGAUAAAGUUGAAUACUACCUUGAAAGCAAAUUCAAUAAAUAUGGUGGCAAUAUAAUUCAACCUGUAUCCCAGCCUUCUGAAACAAGUGGCUCAGACCUGAAAGAUUUCAAAUUAAGCAAGAAAGGAUCAUGGCUCAGUGGGCCGGAAGUGUCAAUUCCUACUGACUCUAUAUUUGGUUUGCGAAUUAUGAAUCUUCAAAUUUCGAUUGCACUGCUAACGGAGAGAAUGGCUAACCGGAAAGCUGUUACGUUCAAAGAAUUACCCAAGUAUAUAUUAAAAGGUUUGUCAAGCGAUUGGGUGAUUGCUGGUGUUAUAUUAUCUAAGGAAACGAAGUGUACUUCUAAAACUGCCAAUCAUUUUUCAAUUUGGAAACUCUCAGAUUUGCAAGGAGACAUUAAAACGAUAUCGGUUUGUUUGUUCCAAAAUGCACACGAUGAAUUGUGGAAAACUCCAACUGGAAUGUGUGUAGCCAUUCUAAACCCUUCCUUAAGUGAAAAAAAAAAUUAUAACAGGGAAAUUGCUAAUCUGUCUAUUGACUCUUCAAAAAAAGUCCUGAUUUUAGGAAAGUCUAAAGAUUUGGGUGUAUGCAAAACUAUAAAGAAAAAUGGAGAGCACUGUAAGAAUUUCGUAAACGUCAGCGAAUCUGAUUUUUGUAUUUUCCAUAUAGAAAAAGAAUAUAACAAAAAUAGUUCCAUUAAGAAAAACGGAAGACUGCUAGCCUGUAGUAUUAAAUCAACUCCACGUUACAACACCGGUAAACUUUGUCAACGGGAUAAAAGAAUAAUGGAUUCCUUAAACACAGCAAUUAAACCAUUGACAAUCAUCGAUAAUACACCACUAACUGCAAAUAUCGCAAAACCUGUUACAGCCAAUGUGUUAGAUCAAAGGUUCAACUCUAAGAUUGCUUAUAGCGUUGAGGCAGGAGCGAAACAGCGGUUGACAGACCUAGACCGUAUAAAAUCCUUUAAUUCGUCAGCGACUAAAAGUAGUAUACAAUUUAAGGGACUGGAGACAAACGCAUCUGCCAUGCAAAAAGCUAUUAAUGUGCUAAGGAAAUGUCCUGUUGAAAAAGUAAAUCCUAAUUCAAUUCGCGGAACAAAAGAAGGUAAAAAACGGGCAAUGGAAGUUCUUCACGAAAUGAAUGAACCAAAGAAAAGAAAAACUGAAGAAACCUCUAAGAUUCACUUGACGGAUAUUUUAGAAACCAAUUCAACGCACAAGGAAUUGAUAGAUGUUCGACAGAGAGAAGAAGAAGAUAAAUAUUUUAAUAGACUUGAAAAAAAAGAAGCAAUGGAAGAAAAAAUGUUAAACACAUAUAAACUGCCUUGCAAAGCUGUUAUAUGUAAAAAUUGCAAGUAUGCCGCGUUUUCCGCGGCUGAUCGCUGUAAAGAAGAACGGCACACUCUGAAAGUAAUUGAUGCUGUAAAGCGUUUUUUUCAAUGCAAAGACUGUGGAAAUCGUACAACGUCUCUUUUUAAAAUUCCAAAGUUGAGUUGUACGAACUGCACUGGUUCAAGAUGGGAAUAUUGCGCCAUGAUACGGGAUCGGAAAGUACAUGAUUCCUCCAAAGAACUUUCUGUAAGAGGGGAUGAAGAGACAUUUUUGGGAGCCACAUCGAAAAUUAAUAUCAACUUGCUACUGCCAAUAGAUUAAAAAUAAAUAUUUGUAAAGUUAUUGAGGAAUAUGUUUAAUCAAAAUUGCUUGUUGUAAAAUACAUUAAACCCGUCGUUGUACAACUUUCAAUAAAUAAUGAAAUGCAUUUAUUAA